AAGAUCCUCAAAAAAUUUCUCCGCGAUCACAUUCUCAUACGACCAGCAUCAAGCUUCAAUUGGAGCAUGAGCAUGCCCAACACCAGCAAUGUUCGAGAACCUCUGCACACUUCCGCUCUCUUCGGAGCUGUUCACCCAAGCUCUUCAUCCAAUAGAGUCUGUCCUUGCAGUCGGAUUGUCUGCCGGGCACGUUCAAUGCUUCCGACUUCCUGCUGUACCUGGGAGCUCCAGCGACGAUGAUGAUCCAGAUACGAGCAUCGUUUCGACCGGUACCAGCACGAUUGACACCGAAUGGCGAACUAGGAGACAUAAGGGAAGCUGUCGGACCUUGGCGUACAGCGGAGACGGUGAAAUUCUAUACUCCGCAGGCACAGACGGCUUCCUGAAAGCUGCAACUUCGUCAACAGGCCAAGUCGUAUCGAAGCUCGCCAUCCCUUUAGACAGAUCCACAAACGGAAUUGAUCCUCCUACCCUCCUUCACCCGCUCUCCCCCCAAACGCUGCUUCUCGCGACCGAUUCUGCUGCUCUCCACCUCUACGACUUACGAGUACCUUCCGAGUUAUCUGCGAAGCCUAGCCAGACACAUCGGCCUCACGACGAUUACAUAUCUUCGCUCACGCCUCUUCCUCCGACAGAAGCUAGCACGAGCGGAUUCAGCAAACAAUGGGUCACGACGGGUGGAACUACAUUGGCUGUCACGGAUCUGCGAAGAGGCGUAUUGGUCAAGAGCGAGAAUCAAGAAGAGGAGUUGCUGAGUAGUAUCUUCGUUGGCGGAUUGCCUGCGCGGCCAGGAAGGAGCAAGGGUCAGAAAAUACUGGUUGGGAGCUCGAAUGGAGUGCUCACACUAUGGGAGAGAGGUGUUUGGGAUGAUCAGGAUGAGAGAAUUAUUGUUGAUGGUGGAAGAGGUGGAGGCGAGAGCUUAGAUUCCUUGGUCGUCAUGCCAGAAGAGGUUGGCGAUGGUGGGAAGAACGUGGUUGUUGGGCUUGGUGAUGGAUCAAUCAGAAUCGUGAAGCUAGGCCCUAACAAGCUUGUUGGUGAGCUGAGACAUGAUGAGGUCGAAGCUGUCGUUGGACUGGGAUUUGAUGUUGGAGGAAGACUUAUCAGCGGAGGUGGCUCGAUCGUCAAAGUCUGGCAAGAGAAGUUGAACAUUGAGUCCGAUGAAGAGGACGAUUCGGAGGAAGAGGAGGCUGGUGCCCAGAAGAGAGCUGUCGAGGGAAGUGAUAGUGAUGGCAGUGAUGCUGCGGAUAGCAGUGACGAAGACAGUGGUCGAAAACGAAGAAAGAAGCGAAGAAAGGCAAGAAAAGGCAAUAAUUCAGGAAAUGGUAUCCUGGGAUUCAAAGGUUUGGAAUGAUACCCAAAAGCAUUUGUUGAUAGUCAUUACCACACAUUUGUGGGGCAUUUCGAGAUCAAAUUUGUAUUUCCCAGCAGUUAAGGCUGUCUGAAGCUCUUCAUAGCUCACUUCAGCUGAUCGAAGACAAUCAAAAUG